CAUCGAUAUAGGUGAACCAGGUCAAGACAAUUGCCACUACGUUUGAAUCACAAAAUUCUGCAAAAAUGACUACCUCGUUCGACAUCUCAAAAGCGCGUGAGCGCUUCCCCGCAUUGCAGCAGGACCAAGUAUUCCUCGACAACGCCGGAGGCAGCCAGGCAUUAGGAGAUGUGAUUGAUUCAAUCACCCAGUAUCUGUCUAAGACCAACGUUCAGCUCGGGGCAUCAUACCACACAGGAACGCAGUCGAACACUAAGUAUGAAGAGGGAUAUCAGGCAGCUGCAAAAUACAUCAACGCAGGUCGUGAUGAGAUUGUACUUGGAGCUUCCACGACUCAACUGUUCAUGAACCUGUCCAGCGCCAUAAUACUCAAUGAAGGCGAUGAGAUCAUCCUGUCAAAGAUGGACCACGAGACCAAUGUAAAGCCGUGGCUGUUCAUGGCCGAGCGUCUCAAGCUGAAAGUGACAUGGUGGCACUCAGAUAAGCCUGAGCUGAAGCUCACUGCAGAGAACCUGAAGCCACUCCUCUCACCGAAAGUCAAAUUCGUAGCCUGCACGCAUGUCUCGAAUGUUCUUGGCUCGAUACAUGAUGUCAGGUCAAUUGCAGAUACUGUGCACGAGGUGGGUGCAUUAUUCUGCGUGGAUGGUGUGAGCUUUGCCCCGCACAGGAGAGUCAAUGUUAAGGCGCUUGGUGUUGAUUUCUACUCCUUCUCGUGGUACAAGGUAUACGGUCCCCACAUUGCCGUACUAUACGCCAACAACUCCGCACAACAGUACGUGAAGCCUAUGGCGCACUUCUUCAACCCCACAAAGACCCUCGAAGACAAGCUCGGCUUCGCAGCCUCAAACUACGAAGGUGUUCAGGCGAUUCCCGAGAUUGUCAAGUACCUCGAGGGCUCUGAUGAAGCGAUCACUGAGCACGAGGGCAAACUUCAGAAGAUCCUGCUCGACUUCCUGAACUCCCGAGACGACGUCACUGUCCUUGGAUCGACAUCUGCCGACUCGAGGGAGCGGGUGCCGACUAUCUCGUUUGUUGUAGAGGGGAUCAGCCCGAAGACAAUCGUGGUGGAAGCUGAGAAGAUUUCGAACUACGGCUUCAGGUGGGGUCACUUCUACUCGAAGCGAUUGUGCGAUGAGAUUCUGAAGGUUGGUCCGGAAGGUGUCACUAGAGUCUCAAUGGUGCACUACAACACCGAAGAGGAGAUUCAUGGUCUCGUCGAUGUGCUGAAGAAGGUAUUGCCGUAGUUUUGAGCUGCACACAGAUACUAAGGCUGGUGCUGAGUUACAAUAAAUCAGGCAACCC